AUGAGUGGUGUGGCUCAAGACUUCAAGCUGAGCGCGGUGCUUAGCGGACACCAGAGCGAUGUUCGCGCUGUUCUACUUCCUGACCCCUCUUUUGCCAUCACUGCCUCACGAGACGGUUCAACUCGCGUGUGGAAGCAAACCUCUACCAGUCCUCCCGCGUACGACGGCACUGAAUCCUCACACGGCGCACAGUUCAAGACAUGCUUAGCAUAUGUUCCUCCCUCAAAAGAAUUUCCUGAUGGCCUUAUUCUCUCUUCCGGGCAAGACGCACUCAUCGAGGCACGACAACCUACCUCGACUGCAGAUGUAAAUGCAGAUGCCAUCAUGGUCGGACAUGCCAAUCAAGUGUGUUCUUUGAACGUUUGCGCCCAAGCCAACUACUUUGUGAGUGGUAGUUGGGACAGUACAGCGAAGGUUUGGGAGAUUGGCAGAUGGGAGGUUGCAAUUGAUCUACCAGGACAUACAGCUACGGUCUGGGCGGUGCUGGCGUACGACCGGGAUACCAUUGUCACAGGGUGCGCAGACCGAGCAAUCAGAAUCUUUGACACCCGAGGAAAGAUGUUGGCAUCCUGGGAUGGUAAAGACAUUGUGCGUGCUCUUGCGAAGCUUCCUGAGGGACAUCCAACAGGCGCCGAGCUUGCUUCGGCAUCCAAUGACGGCGUCAUUCGUCUUUGGACCUUGAAAGGAGACCUCGUUACGGAACUGGUCGGCCACGAUUCGUUCAUCUACUCGUUGGCCGUCCUUCCGUCCGGUGAGAUUGUCAGUGCUGGAGAGGAUCGCUCAGUACGGAUCUGGCGAGGCACGGAUUGUGUGCAAGUCAUUACGCUGCCCGCGAUCUCUGUGUGGAGCGUCUCAGCCGGUCCCAACGGCGACAUCAUCGUCGGAUCGAGUGACAAGUUGGCCAGAAUCUUUACCCGAGAACCGGAGAGGGUGGCAGACCAAGAGACUCUUGCCUCGUUUGAUGAGUCACUAAAAGCAUCAAGCAUUCCGCAGCAACAAGUCGGCCAGAUCAACAUGACCGACUUGCCUGGUCCUGAAUUCCUCCAACGCAAGGCUGGCACCAAAGAGGGUCAAAGCCAUAUUGUCAAGGAGGAUGAUGGUAGCGCGUCGCUUUACCAGUGGUCCAUGUCACAGCAAGAAUGGAUCAAGAUUGGUCAAGUUGUGGACUCGGCUGGGUCAAGCGGAAACAAGGCCAGCUACAAUGGAAAGGAGUAUGACUAUGUUUUCGACAUUGACAUUGAAGACGGAAAGCCACCGCUAAAGCUGCCGUACAACGUCACACAAAGCCCCUACGAUGCUGCCACGAAGUUCCUUCAGGACAAUGAACUGCCGCUAUCGUAUUUGGAAGAAACGGCGAACUUCAUCAUUAAGAACACUCAGGGUGCUACAUUGGGACAGUCACAACCCGGGGGCGCUGAUCCUUGGGGGACAGAAAAUCGCUACAGACCUGGCGAGGCUCCAACGUCAACCUACCAACCACCUCCUCCGCAAGCCAAAAGACUCCUACCGCAGAAAGAGUACCUGCCGGUUGUGAUCGGAAAGCCGGCUGCUGCGAUGGGCCAAAUCACGAAGAAGAAUGCCGAGUACGGGGGAAGCGACAUGAGUCUGUCAUCGGACGAAAUUCAAAACGUGACUGCAGCUGCCAAACAGCUCGAGAGUUACAACUUCCAAACCAAGCCGUCGUUAAAUCCAUCUCCAGCCUUUGACUCCGCCAUGCCGGCUCUGAUAAAGAUUGUGACUCAGUGGCAGCCUCCGGCUAACCGCCUGGCUGGCCUCGACCUUCUUCGGUUCAUAGCGGCUGCGGCAAAGGAAUUUCCUGCCGCAAGUGCGGAAGGUCUGGACAUCGUGGCAAGCAUCCUGGGCAGUGGAAUCUUUGACCCUGAAUUUGUUCGGUCAAACAACAAGCUUGCCAUGAUUGCGAUGCGUUUCUUCUCCAACCUGCUCUACGGGUCCUCCACAGGGCGUGACCUCGUGAAAGGCCACCUGGACAACAUCAUUGAAAGCCUCAAACCGUUGUCAGCCAUCGUCUCAUCUGACGUGUCUGUGGCAGUCGCGCUGACAACGCUCUACCUCAACAUCGCCGUCCUUGUCACCACAGAGAAGCGUGCAGAUCCAGACACCAACGCUACUUAUGGGCUAUCGUUGCUGGAGGAGCUGACCAAGAUCCUUCCGUCUGCACAGUCGACAGAGCCUGCAUACCGCACCGUCGUCGCUUUGGGCACGGUCCUCGUCGGUCUCGGGCGCGCAGACCUCAAAUCAGCGGCGAAGGACAUUUUCGAUGUCCCCGCGGCGUUGACUCAACUACGAAGCAAGAAGUACUUGGAAGAGCCGAGAUUCAAGACGGUGGUUGGGGAAAUUCAGGCCGCUCUGCGAUGA